AUUCGGUCUUUAUCUGGAAGAUUUAUUCCAUCGGACAUUUUAUCUCCUUGAAAGCACGUCAACCGUUAUUAGUUCCCAAAAUCCCCAGUAUGGGUAUCGUUUCUACCUUCAGUAUUGGCACCCUCAGCGAUUGCAUCGGUCCAGUCCUUCGUUUACUCGUUGGCAUCAUUACAAGCAUCCUCGUAGUGUAUUGCGUUUACGUUCGAUAUUUCCAUGCUUUACGCAAGUAUCCCGGUCCCUUUUUGGCAUCAUGUACAAAUAUCUAUAUGACAUAUUAUGCCUGGAGGGGAGACCGACAUGUUCACAUAUAUAAGCUGCACCAGAAAUAUGGCCCUGUGGUUCGUGCAGGCCCCAAUGCACUCUCCUUCAACUCGAACACGGCCCUGAAAUCCAUCUAUGGCUACCGAGCGAACGUACAAAAGUCCGACUUCUACCGUGCUUUUCCCGCAAACAAGCAUGCUAUCAGCGUCCACAGCAGCAUCGAUAAGCAGAUGCAUGCCCGGAAACGGCGCGUCCUUUCCUACGCGUUCUCGGAUCAGGCGAUUAAAGCUAUGGAGCGGUUCGUCCUUGCAAAUAUAAGAACUGCUUCUCAACUCCUCACAGAUACCACUUCGACCCGCUCAGACGGUGGGGAGAAGGUAUCUAUGGAGUCGAAAGGCUGGGGAUAUGGACUCAACGUUGCGGACUUCUGCAACUGGUUAACUUUUGACAUCAUGGGCGACCUGGCAUUUGGAAAGGCCUUUGGCAUGUUGGAGAGCCCACAGAACCGUUUUGCUGUGGACUUGGUCAGCAAGACUGCCCGCAGACACACGAUCUGUGGGUCAUUUCUGCCACUCCAUCAUGCCAAGCUUGACAGUGUCCUCUUUCCCAAAAUCGCGAAAGGUCGAGCGGAAUUCAUAGCUUAUUCCAAAGCACAGGUUCUCGAACGGACUGCUCUCGGACAGGAUAUCGACCGGAAGGAUUUCUUUCACUACCUGCUCCAGGCCCGAGAUCCUGAGACGGGGCAAGGUUUUAGCCAGAACGAACUCUGGGGCGAAGCGAAUCUCCUGAUCGUUGCUGGGUCCGAUACCACGAGCACCGCGAUGUCGGCCACCAUCCAUUACCUUCUCCAUAACCCCCGGGUUAUGGAGAAGGUAUGCCUCGAAGUUCGCCGGGCAUUCUUGAAUGUCGAGGAGAUCGUGUCCGGUCCGAAUCUCACUGGAUGCACCUACCUCCGUGCUUGCAUCGAUGAGGCGAUGCGCCUGUCACCUCCUGUCCCGGGUUUCAUGCCUCGAGAAGUCCUGCAAGGAGGUAUUGAGAUCGAUUCUUAUCAUGUCCCUGCUGGCAUCGAUGUUUACGUUCCACAUUACGCAAUUCACCAUAACAGCGCGUAUUUCCCCCGCCCGUUUGAAUACAUUCCCGAGCGCUGGAUUGAAGGCGCAGAGGGGUUCCAGGCCACCACUGAAUCGGUCCAGCUCGCUCAAUCCGCAUUUAGCCCCUUUAGCCAUGGUCCCCGCGGCUGUAUUGGAAAAGGUUUGGCGUAUGUCGAGAUGAUGCUUAUUAUGGGUCGACUCAUCUUUGAGUUCGAUUUCAAGCUAUCCGCUACGCAGAAGGCUCCUGGCGGAUGGCUGGAAGGACGAAAACCGGAGGCUCCAGGUGAGUACAUGCUUGUGGACGGGUUCGCGAGCUGGAAGAGCGGACCGAUCAUGGAGGUAAAGAAGGCUGUAAGAUCUUAGGAAUCAACUUGUAUGUAUAGUGUAGUUUUCAAUGACAGCACUCGCAGCAGUCAUGACAGGUUAGCCAAAAGUUUGAUUCUCGUAACCGCAUCAAAUUUUAUUCUC